UAGCGAAGGACGCAAGGGGUGUCAUCAAUCGACGACGCCUCGCUCAUAGCUGCAAAAAAGAAAACCAAACAAGCCGCAAGUUUUGGUUCAGACUCCAGUGCUCGCCAUUCGCCAGCCAUUUUUGCUUUUCGUCGCCUGGCCGCCUCUCCGGACGCAGGUUGUUACCGUUCCCAUCGCUGCUAGCAGGAAGCACUCUUUGACCCCUCCAGCGCGAAGAACACGCCAUUGUCCUCUUCGUCGAUAGACAGGUUCCCGUACAACUCCUCAAAGCCCCCCGUUUAGUCCAGCACCUUCCGAUCACUUGCGCCCUGUUGCCGCCGCACAACUCCUCGCCAUACCCACAAGGCCGGCGGACAGAAACAAAAGUUAACGUAGAGUUCAUUAAGCAAUCAAUAACAAAAUUCUCAAACUUUAUCAGCUUCCUGUCCAUCUGUUCUUAGAAAUCAUACAAACAACUUCCGGUUGGAGGAGAAAUGGCUGAGCAUGUUGAAGAAGAAAUGGCUGAGCACGUUGAAGAAGAGAAAUCAUUCAAAGAAUUAGGAGUUUGUGACCAACUUGUGGAGGCUUGCCACAAUUUGGGCUGGAAAACGGCUUCUAAGAUUCAAGCUGAGGCUAUUCCAUAUGCCCUGGAAGGGAAAGAUAUAAUUGGGCUUGCACAGACGGGCUCAGGAAAGACGGGAGCUUUUGCAAUUCCAAUACUGCAAGCACUUCUAGACGCUCCGCAACCAUUCUUUGCAUGCGUGCUCUCUCCAACUAGGGAACUUGCAAUCCAAAUUUCUCAGCAGUUUGAAGCACUUGGAGCUGGAUUUAAUGUCAAGUGUACAGCUCUCGUAGGGGGGCUUGAUCAAGUACAACAGAGCAUUGCCCUUGCAAAACGACCACACAUUCUUGUGGCAACACCUGGUCGUCUUUUAGAUCAUCUGUCAAAUACCAAAGGAUUUUCUCUCCGUGCCUUGAAGUUUUUGGUGUUGGAUGAGGCAGAUAGGUUACUGAAUGAGGAUUUUGAAAAAGCACUUGAUGAUAUUUUGAAUAAUAUUCCCCGUGAGAGGAGGACUUAUCUGUUUUCUGCCACCAUGACCAAAAAGGUCGGUAAACUUCAGAGGGCUUGUCUAAGGAAUCCUGUAAAGAUUGAGGCGGCCUCAAAGUAUUCGACAGUUGAUACGUUAAAACAGCAGUAUUGCUUUUUUCCUGCAAAAUACAAGGAUUGCUAUCUUGUCUAUAUACUGACUGAGAUGUCUGGGAGCACAUCAAUGGUGUUCACACGUACAUGUGACGCGACUCGUCUUUUAGCUUUAAUGCUUCGAAACCUUGGCAUUAGAGCCAUACCAAUUAGUGGCCAAAUGAGCCAGGGAAAAAGACUUGGAGCAUUGAAUGAAUUCAAAUCAGGAAAGUGCAACGUUCUAAUUUGUACGGAUGUUGCGAGUCGAGGACUUGAUAUUCCAUCUGUUGAUAUGGUUAUUAACUAUGAUAUCCCAACAAACUCCAAGGAUUAUAUACACCGAGUUGGGAGAACUGCUAGAGCUGGUCGAUCUGGAGUUGCUAUUUCACUAGUAAACCAAUAUGAAGUGCAGUGGUAUAAGCAGAUAGAGAACCUCAUCGGCAAGCAGUUGCCCCAGUAUCCUGCUCCAGAAGAGGAAGUUUUACUAUUCUUGGAACGUGUAACAGAGGCCAAAAGAAUCUCCCAAAUGAAAAUUAAAGAAACUGGAGGCCAUAAGAAGAGAAGAGGUGGUGAUGAGGAAGAAAAUGAUGGAUAUUUAGGUAUUAAGAGAGGGAAGUCAUCUAAGAAGCCAAAGAGAAAAUGAUACGAAAACAGGCUUUCAAGUUCGAUCUUCAUGUUUUAGUUCAUCUUCUCUUGCCCCAAGUGUCAAUUUUAUUUUUAAAUUGAUGUCUAGGUAGCAAAAUUGUCUUGACUUUUAUUUUAGUUAUAUACUCUUCGUCCUAAACUAUUUAUCAGUUUAGCCAAUUCUUUUGUCACGACCCUUUUUCUUUGAUAACAUUUAUUCAAUUUUGUUUGUGAAACAGUCAAACAACUAAUUCAUUUCACAGACUCACAGUAAACGACGUGAAACUGUUUUAUUAUUCUUUCGUCUGGAA